ACAAGUCAUAACUCUUCUUCAAAAUUAUUCAUCUUUGCUCAAAUGGAUACCAUUACAGUGUCAGUGGCAACAACAUCCUCGUACUCUUAUGAUGUUUUCCUCAGUUUUCGGGGUGAGGAUACCCGCACAGGUUUCACUGGUUACCUUUAUCAUGCUUUGUCUGAAAAGGGAAUCAACACCUUCAUGGAUGAUCAAGAGCUUUGCCAAGGGGAACAAAUCACGCCUUCUCUGAUGAGGGCAAUUCAAGGAUCCAGAAUUGCAAUAGUGAUAUUCUCAGAAAACUAUGCAUCAUCUAGUUUUUGUUUGGAAGAACUUGUGAAGAUCAUGGAGUGCAUCAAACACAAGGGAAGGUUGGUUUGCCCUGUUUUUUAUCAUGUGGAUCCAUCUGAUGUGAGAUACCAAAAAGGGUGUUAUGGAGAAGCACUAGCCAAGCAUGAAACAAGAAUCAUUGACAAGGAGAAGGUCAAAAGGUGGAGGCUUGCUUUGCAAGAAGCAGCAAAUCUCUCUGGUUGGCACUUCCAACAUGGGUAUGAAUAUGAGUUCAUAAGGAAGAUCAUUCAAGAGAUCUCUAAAAGGAUUAAUCGUAUCCCUUUAUAUAUUGCUAAUUACCCAGUUGGGUUAGAGUGUCGAGUGCAAAAGGUAAACUCACUACUUGAUGUUGCAUCAAAUGAUGGGGUCCACAUGGUAGGGAUUAGUGGAAUCGGUGGGAUAGGUAAAACGACACUUGCGUGUGCAGUGUACAAUUGCAUUGCUGAUCAAUUUGAGGGUCUUUGUUUUUUGGCUGACAUUAGAGACAAUUCAAGGAAGCAUGGGUUGGUACAACUUCAGGAGACACUUCUUUCUGAUUUGGUCGGGGAGAAGGACAUUGAGUUGGGGAAUGUAAAGAAAGGGAUUCCAGUAAUCAAAAGUAGGCUCUGUCAUAAAAGAAUUCUUUUGAUUUUGGAUGAUGUUGACAACUUGGAUCAAUUGAAAGCACUUGCUGGUGGACAUGAUUGGUUUGGUUCUGGUAGCAGAAUUAUUAUAACAACAAGGGACAAGCAUUUGCUACGUGUUCAUGAUGUUGAAAGAAUCUAUGAAGUAGAAGGAUUAAAUCAUAAAGAAGCCCUUGAAUUGUUUAUUUGGAGUGCUUUCAAAAGAAAAGAUGUUAAACCAACUUAUGUGGACAUUUCAGAGAGAGUAAUUAUGUAUUCAAAUGGCCUUCCAUUGUCUCUUGAAAUAAUAGGAUCUGACUUAUAUGGUAAAACGGUGUCUGAAUGGAAAUCUGCAUUAGACACUUAUGAAAGAAUUCCUCAUGAAAAUAUUCAGGGAAUCCUAAGAGUAAGCUAUGAUGGCUUAAAGGAAUUUGAGAAGGAAAUUUUUUUAGACAUGGCCUGCUUCUUUAAAGGAUAUAAGCUAAGUGAUGCCACAGACAUACUAUGUAGUGGUCGUGGCUUUUCUCCAGACUAUGCUAUCCAGGUUUUAAUUGAUAAGUGUCUCUUGAACAUUGUUCAAUGUCGUGUGAGAAUGCAUAGCCUGAUUGAGAAUAUGGGUAGAGAAAUUGUACGGCUGGAAUCACCCUCAAAGCCAGGUGAACGCAGUAGAUUAUGGUUCUCUAGAGAUAUUCUUCAUGUAUUAAAAGAAAACAAGGGAACGGACAAAAUUGAGUUCAUCAUGCUGCAUUUACUCAAAGAUAAAGAAGUAAAAUGGAAUGGAAAAGCAUUAAAGAAGAUGGAAAACCUUAAAAUAUUGGUCAUAGAAAAUGGUAGCUUUUCGAGAGGACCUAGUUAUCUCCCAAAAAGUUUAAGAGUGCUAAAAUGGUGUGGAUAUCCUGAACCAUCGCUGCCAGCUCAUUUUGAUCCAAAGAAUCUUGCCAUACUGGACUUGUCCAUGGGUUUCUUUUCAUUCGACAAUCAACUGAUCAUGAAAUUUAAGUCUUUAACGGAAAUGAAGUUAAGCGGUUGCCAAUUUUUAAAUCAAGUACCUAACUUGUCUGGAGCACAAAAUUUGAAGAAACUGCAUCUUGAUAAUUGCAAGAAUUUAGUUGAAGUUCAUGAUUCUAUUGGAUUCCUUGAUAAACUUGAAGAUUUGAAUCUUAAUUAUUGCUCUAGUCUCAAGGUUCUUCCUCAAGGCAUCUACUUAACUUCUCUUAAAACGUUGUCCCUUAGAUAUUGUACAGCUCUCAAGAGUUUUCCAGAAAUUCUAGGGAAGAUGGAGAACACAAGGUACGUUGGUUUGAGUGCUAGUUCCAUAAGAGAAUUGCCUUUUUCAAUUGGAAAUCUUGUUGGGCUCGCAAUCCUGUCUUUGGAAAGGUGCAACGGACUUGUUGAACUACCAAGUAGUAUUUUUACAUUGCCAAAGCUUGAGACCUUGCAAGUUAACAGUUGUGAGGGGCUUACACAAAUAAAGAAAGACAAAGCUCAAGAGUUGGAAACAUUUUCUUUAUGUGUGAGAGAUGCCAGUUCCGUUUUGGUUGAAAGAGAAGCUAGAUUUUCAAGAUGCUCAAUGACAGAUGCAUUUCUUGCUACACUUCUUCCUUGCUUGCAUUAUGUGACAGUGUUAUCCCUUAGAUGUAGCAAUAUUACAAUCCUUCCAUCAUCCAUCAAGGCAUGUCAGUAUUUGAGGAUACUUAACUUGAAUGAAUGCAAGGAGCUUAGAGAAAUCUGUGGGCUGCCGCCAAACAUAAGAUAUCUUUCAGCAAUAAAUUGCCUGUUGUUGACUUCCCAGUCAAAGGAAAUGUUGCUGACAGAGGCACUACACAGGGCCAGAGGCACACUUUUCUGUUUUCCAAGUCCAGGAUCAGCUGUCCAAGGUUUGUUCAAUCAUUGUAGCAAGGAACCAUCUCUGUCCUUUUGGUUCCAUAAAAAGUUCCCUGCAAUAACUCUCUGCAUCGAUGAAUUUUCAAGCUGUUAUCCUCGCUUUGAGCUGGACCUGAUCAUUAAUAGCAGUCAAGGGUUCUCAAAGUUUUUCAUUGUUAGGUCUACAGUUUAUCAUUCACUUCAGACAAAUCAUACAACUUUGUUCGAUCUGCAGUUCAAGUUUUGCAGCGGCCAAUUCAAAGGAUUAUUUACUGAGAAUGGAUGGAACCAUGUUGAGAUUUUGUUAUCAGAAAAUGCAACAUCAGAAGUGGAAUGGAUGGGAGUUCAUGUACAGGAACAAAACACAAGCAUGGCAGAUAUUAGUUUUACAAAUCCUGAUCCUGAGCCUCCAAUAGUUAUAGUAGAAAAAAAUAGAAGGGUCGUACGCAGAUUUAAAAGAUCAUGAAAAAUAGUCAAAAGUUCUGAUUAUGUUUAUCUCUAUUCUCCUCCAAUGUAUGACUUUCCUUGUUUUAAGUAUUUAAGAUAGGCAAGUAGUUGGGAAUCCUGAAAGUUAACAAUGCUUUUGAUUGUAUGAGUACAUACUUACUAAAAGGUUAACGAAUGUUUGCUUUCUUGUCUAGAAAAGGUAUUGAAUGAAUGACUUCUUCUGAUU